AUGAUGCUCUACAUCCGCUACAAAGACAUGGACUAUGCAUUCCUGCCCAUCGAUGUCGACACGAUCCCCAAGUUCUACAAGGAGAUGAUCCGUGAUGGAAAGCUUGAGCUUGACGAGAUUGAGCGUCUCUUGGCCACCGGAACUCACUUCAGCAGGACUGGAGCAUUCUACUUCUACGAAUAUGUGAGGAAGAUCCCAACCACUCUUGGUAUGCCACUUGUGCUGACAUCAAAGAUGCCCACUGUUGGAACCAUUCACGGCCAGAUCAAGAUCGAAAUGGAACCAAAAGAGUCGAGGACUUUCGACGGACUUCGUCUUCACCUCAUCCUCAAGCCCAAAGUAGCCACCACCCAUGUUGUCAUGGCCACGAUCAUGCACCCAGUUGUCGAGACUGGAUUCAAGAUGCUGCACUCGGUCAUGUUCGAGCACCCGAUCGAGAUGGAAACCGAGGUCACUUGGAGACAUCAGCUUCGCCUCAAGACCGUGUUCCGCCCAGUAGAGCACAAGACGAACGUCCUCCACCUGCAGACCCGCCCAGUCAUUUUCGUCCGCCACAUGAAGAAGGUUACGCACGCCUACCACGAACCACGAGAAGUCACCCUUCGCCUGCACGAACACCGCUACCCAGUCAUGACAUUCGAAAACACCUUCCUGGAGAGGUUCGGACAUAAGAUCAUUGUCACUGGCACCAUGCAUCGUCCAAUUGUGCGCAGAAUGGAGAGCAUGCUACAUCCUAUUCUCUUCGGAUACAAUACCGUCGACGUCAUUAUUGAGCCCACCGAGGACUUCGCCAAGGAAUAUGUCUUUAACAUGGAGAUGGAAGCGUUUGUUCCAGAAAGACUGGAGGGACCUAAGUUCGAGAAACUGUUCAGACACAAUGACGAGUUCUUCGAGGAGGAAGAAAUGGAGCCGAGACAUAGGGAGGAACGCAGAAACGAGCUUACGACAUAUCUGAGGGACUACCACAUUGAAAAGGCCUACCGACAUCGUCUCCUCUGCAAACUCGAGACUGUCGGUAUGCGUGAGAAGCACGAAGUCGAGAUGGAGCUGAAGGCAGUCUGCGACCACAAGUACCGCUACUGCCGCACCAACUUCUUCCUUCGCCGAACUCCAUUCCUCGAGAAAGAGACGCGCCACUGGGAGCUGAAACUCAACGCCGAGACCGUCUAUCCCGAAAUGCCAAAAACUAUUGAGGAACUGAAGAAGAUGUUCAACCGUGAGUUCCAUGGACUUGUCGACGUCACCUGGGGAACUGAGCGCAUGAACACUCUGUUCAUUCGCAUGCAGAGCGAGCCGACCUACGAACAGAAAAUGUGGAUGGAGAAGUUCGACCGCAAAGAGAACAUGCUGACCGAGAUGGAUAAGCUUCGAGUCGCCUCGGACCGCAACCUGCACAAGUUCAUGGUCAAGUACGAACUCAUUCCAGAGACUGAGCACUUCAUGCACAAUCUGUUCAUGUUCUUCGACACCUGGAACAUGUGGAACACCGAGUACAAGAUGGUCCCGCACGAGGAGAAGAUGCUUCGCCUGCAGCUCGAAAUCGAACCACUGUACCGCCGCACAUUCGACCUGCUUGUUGAAACUCCUGAGAAGCGCAUUGUGAUGAAGAAUCUCAUGCUUCCAUUUGUGCUGCCCACUCUGAACAUCCACGACAUGCGCAUGCUUGAGAAUGUCGGCGUCAGGGAUGUCAUUCGCCAUGUCGUCAAACACAACCGCCCCGAGUGCAUCGUCAAGAGCUGGGAAGUCAACACCUUCGACAAACUUCGUCUCAAGACCCCUCUCACCACCUGCUACACCAUCCUGGCUAAGGACUGCCAUUCGGAGGAGCCGCGUUUCGUUGUCAUGAUGAAGAAGAUGGUGAAGGAUCGUGAGGAGAAGGCGCUUAAGAUCGUCACACCUCGAGAUGUCUAUGUGCUGGAGAUGGUCAACGACGAACUUGUGAUCAGGGUGAACGACAAGGUGAUCACGCACGAAGAGCUUAUG